UAGUAAUAAAAGUAUUUAAACCCAUUUAUUUACUAUUUUAAGCAAUAUUAUACACAUAGUAUGACGUUUAAAGUAAGGACGUCUGUACUUGACAACUCCGAUGGGUCAGCCGAACUAACUACUUCGGAUGUUAAAUUAAUUGUAUCUAUAACAGGACCUAUUGAACCUAAACCACGUCAAGAACUCCCCAAUGUCGCUAGUCUAGAAAUUGUAGUUAGACCAGCAGUAGGUUUAAGUACCACAAGAGAAAAGGUACUUGAAGAUAAACUUCGUGGUAUGUUACAAGCAGUCAUAGUGAGACAUUUAUAUCCUCGACAAUUAAUUCAAAUAAUAGUUCAAAUUCAAGCCACUCCAUUAUCCAAACAUCAAGGUGGUGCAUAUUCAAAUCAUCGUGAUGAAGUGGAAUAUUCCAAUGUUGAAUUAAAUGCGGCUAUAAAUGGUUGUUAUUUUGCAUUGGUUGAUGCCGGCAUAGCAUUAUACAGUUCAUUUGCUUCAACAUGUAUUUCAAUAACCAAACCACAUGAGAUUAAUGAUAAUCAGGAAUAUAUAAUUCAACCAACAUUAGAUCAAUUAAAUAAUAGUUCUAGUCAUCAUAUAAUAUGUUUUAGUAUAGAAGAUAAAAAAGCUACCAAAUUAUUACUUAUUGAUAGUCUUGGUGAAUUUACUGAAGAAGAAUUAUUUACUGUCAUUAGCAAAGGAGUUGAACAAACUGAAUUAUUACAUGAAAAUUAUCAACGGAAAUAUAUAUCUGAUAAGAUCCAUAAUGACUAUAUUUGGAAGUCAUGAAACAUCCCAAUUUAGCAUAUCAUAUACGCAUAAUAAAUGAUAUAUGUAAUUGUAUAAUAGUAAUAAUAAUGAUAUAAUAAUAAUAAUAAUAUAAUAUAUAUAUAUAUAGAAAAAUAUUGUAC